CAAGAUCUCAUUUUGAGAAUAUCCUCUUUUGGUCCUUCGUCUUCUUUCUUCUUCUUCUUCUUCUUCUUCUCUUUUCUGCUUCACACACCCCUGUAUUAUCCAAACCCACUCACUCUCAUAUGCAAUCCCUAACAAUCUAUCAAAUCAUACCCUUGCUCAUUCUUACCCGAUUGAUUGAGAAAUGGAGGAGUAGAAGAAGAGAAAUCUAGUUCUUCUUCCGAGGUUAAUUUAUGUAUUUAGGGUUCAUGAAUAGAUACAUGGAUAUCAAUUGACGAUGUUGAUCAGAGGUUUAUAUAUAAAUAUAUAUAUUUGUUUCGUUAAUGUGGUGGUAUAUAUUGUUGAUUGAUUCUGUUUUAGUGAUUUCAAUUGAUUGAAGAAAAUUAAUGAAUCAGAUUCAAUGCCUUUUUUUUAAGUGUAGAUUCAAUGCACUGUUCUUCGUUUUUUUUUUCUUCUUUUUUUUUGGAUUAAUAUUAUUUUUUUCUUGGAUUAAUAUAUAUUUCUUUCUUCACUGAACAUCGGGGAAACCAUUGCAUUGAAUAUCUCAAGAGGUUCUCAAUCUGGGAUCCGCGAGAAUUUAAAUUUUGGGUAUUUAUUGAAUGUGAAUAAUCUUGUCGAAAAUCCAGAUUCAUAUCUGGUUCUCGACAACUCUGUCAAGAGGUUUUCGAUUUGGGAUCCACGAGAAUUUAAAUUGUACUAGGUAUUUUAUUUUUAUUGGAGUAAUCUUGUCGAAUUAUCCAGAUUCAUCCCUGGUUCUCGACAGUACAUCUUUUCUUCUGCAACGUUGAACCUGAAACUUUGGGUGACCGGAAUGGCUAUGGAUGGUAAUGGUCGUGACUUUUUUGAAGGAUAUCAAAACAGUUUUGAAUCUGAUCAUGAAUCAUCUGCUUCCACCUGUACUUCCUAUCUAGGGGUUAAACAAGAGUGCCAUGCACCUGGAUUGCAAGCAGUACCCACAGAUGAUCCAGCAGUCAAAUAUGCAGAGGAUUUUGCUCUGAUGAGUAUCCAGGGUAGAUGUAAUUUCUUGGCUCAAUUUGAACUGCUUGAGAUUAUUGAUGUGAAGGCUGAGGUAACUGAAGAGUUGGCCAGGUUCCAUAUGCUUCUCAAGGUGAAGAACGAAAACAAUGAAGAGAAGUACAAGGUUGAAGUACACAAAAAUGUGAAGGGUAAACUCUUUUUGAAUUCGCUGGAACCCAACUUCUCGUGCAGCAGCAGCAGGAUUUGAAAAAGGAACCUCUUCUGUAAAUUAAAUCGUGUAAUUUGAAAGCUAUGGUUUGCAACUUUGCAUCCAGUCUAGAGCAAUACCACCCAGAGCCGGGCCUGAGGGUGUGCGACCGCACAGGGCCCAGCUCUGCCUGAGGCCUUUUUCCCUAUGGAUCUAUGAUGUAUACUCAAUUUCCCCUCCAAGCCCAGUAAGCCAACGUAUCAAAAAAAGAAAAAAAUCUUUGCCUCUGUUAAGACUAGGGGUGAGCAUUUAGCCCGUAAUCUGCGGAUUUAACCGGGACCAACCGUUUUUUUGCGGAUGGAUGUCCGGACCGUUCGCUAAUGGGUUGGAUGCGGAUGGAAUUUUUGAAAUCCAACGGAUAACAGAUUAGGUCCGGAUGCAACCAUGAAAAUCCGUUGGACAUCCAUAUCCGUUAAAUUAAGGACCUUUAUAUAGUUCUAGAAAAUACUAUGAAUCAUUUAG